GGCGCGCGCACACCUAACGAGGCAAAGACGAGUUCAGCUAAUAAGCUAACGAGUCAAAUGAGGACCGCAGAGUCAUGUCGUGUAAAACAAGCUCACCUUUUCGUAUUUAACUCAAAACUGCUCAAGAGAUGUGGAGUGCCGUCGGAAACGGGUUAGGUUUUCAUAAUGGAGGUUUAAACGAGACGCACGUUUGGGAAUUUGUGCCUUAUUCCAUAAGAGAGGAAAGCAGGACACGGAGUCCGAGUCCGAGUCCUCAUCGUGGGGUUCAGCUCGAGCAACCUGCACCCGACACGCACGAGCUGCAAACACGUGAGCACCUGCGACUCAAAAAGAGGUUCGAGGAACUCAGGAGGCGCCACGUCCAGGAGAAGGACGUCUGGAUGAAGGAGAAAGAAAUGCUUUUGAGAGAAAUGGCAGACGUACAAGGUGGAGAGAACAGACGGAUAUUGCUGGAUCUGAGGACGGUGCUGGACGAGGUUCAGUUGAAGGUGAAAAGUGAAGAGAGUAGGCACAGUGAGCUCCAGCUGCAGUACAUAAAGGAUCGGGGAGAGUGGGAGCUGGAACGAGCAGAGUUAAAAUGCAGGAUUGCUCAGUUGGAGGCCAAAGGAAAAGUUAAAAGCUCAGAGACUAGUGAUACACUGAGGAGGGAGCGAGAGGAGGAAAGGAGGUUGCUGGCAGACACCCACACUGCAGCAAUGGACCUGCGCUGUCGGUUGGAGAACAGUGAGAGAGACUGGGUGAGGGAGAAAUCUGAGCUUCUGGAGCGCUUCGACUUGGAGAGGAAGGAGUGGGAGUGUCAGCUGAGGGACAUGCAGCAAAAGAUUGAAGAGCUAUGUAAUGAAGUGAAGACUCACCGAGAAAGAAGCUCUGCUCGACCAAACAAUGCUGUAAAAACCAGUACUAUAAGACUCAACACACAUUCUGGAAGCACUGGGUCUAGCACUCCAACUGACCCUUCAGAGGCCCACAGCAGCAGUUACUAUGAACUUCGCAUGCAGAACAGCACUGAUUCCAGUCAUAACAGCAGUGAACCCGGUGACCAGCACUCCAGUGUUCGGAGUGAGCCAUCAAACCAGAGUAGUUCUGAAAAGUAUAAGCCUGGUGAACUGGAAGCCAUUAACAUUGCAGAGCUGGAGAACAUUUUGCAUGGGUGUCUGGGUAACGAUCUUUGGAACGUGCCUACUUUGGAUGGACAUGAGAAUCUGUUGAACUCCUUCCAAAGAUUUCAGAGCAUGGAUAUGAACUGUGCAAGUGAUAAGAAGAAGAACACAAUGGCUCUCAAUGCUGCUCUUAAAGAAAUUGCUAGGGUAAGUGAGGAGCUGUGCAGCUUCCAGGAUGAAAUCAUAAGGAGGUCUGAUGAAAAGAGAAGCCACAUCGAGUCAAUUUUCUUUCCAAAAGAUGCUAACGUGGACGACAAAAAUGGCUUGGAAACAUGUGACACAGAUUUUAACAUGUGCUGCGAAGAUCCUCAUGCCCUGGACAAGCAAGAAUGGAUUAACCCGGACAACAUUAAAGAAAAUUCUGUCAGCACUGAAGGUCACACUAAACUACCCAUAAAGAAAAGAGAUGCCCCUCCAAUUCCAUUUCGAAGCACAUCUUGGUAUGUGACCAGCCCCAUUUCAAUAGAAAUAGAACCCAGUGCAUCGGAACCACAGAUUUACAAAAGGUGUCAAAACCCGUGCAUACACAGGAAGUGCAACAGCCCCUCCAUAGUGCGAAGAUUUGAAGCAAUGCUACAGGAGAACGAGGGAAAGAUUCUGACCGACUCUGGGAUUGUUCCUGGAUCAGUGCCUCGUGAUUCCAAGUGCAAUAUCAACUGCUGCCAGAGCCGGUGGUCCUGUGAUGGAAGCAGGUUUGGCAGCAGCAAGUCCUCCACAUAUGUGCCUAUCCAAAAAUGCCUCUCAGAGGUUAAUAUACUAAACACAGGAUCUGACUGCAAGCAGAACGUUACGGAUGCAGACAAAAGACAAAACCUGAUUGGAGAACCUAAUCUCCUGGACUCACCACAUAAGAGCAUGUCUGUUGACUUACUGCAACAGUCUCAAAAGACAGCGUCACCUACGGUCAGUACAAAUGUCUGCCGUAGAAAUGAGACACUGGAGCGGAAGACGGCUGAGUUUAACCGCAUACUCUUUCAGGCAGGCAUGGGACUUAAGUGCGAUGAGGACAGUUUCAGCUCCACUGAUACACACUGUACAUUCGAUAAUACAACUGCCAGUCCAUUACCGUAUGUUAAGGACAGUACAACAGACGAGCUCAGAUCAGAUCUUAAGGUGCAGUAUUCAAAGUGCAAGUCCACAGAGACUACCAAUGGGAUACAGAACCAAACAAAGAAAUCCAGUUCUCACGUUCCAGCUGUGCAACAGAAUGUUAAACCAAUAAAUGUUACAUCUGAACUCUUCCACCAUCCAACAGUAAAGCAAGACGACUUAAACGCUGAAUGGAUGUCAUCACAUACAGAUAACAGGCAACCCUACAUUACUCAUUGUGACCCAAGUAUGAGAAUGGUUCAAGCUGAUUUGGACACAUGUUCAUCACUUCCGAUGUACCAAAAAGAGUUUAGUAAAGUGAAGUCUGCCAGCUCAGAUCUGCAUUCACCUGAAACUAAAUCUACACGGCAUCCUGCUGAUGCAAAAUUCAAAAACAUGCCCAACCCAAGGUCAAGAGUUUUAGAUGAUAGUCCAUGGAAACCUUCAACUCUGGCUGCCUACCCACGACCAAUGGAGUCCCGUUCUAACUACGGAGCAGUAGAGAGGAUUUUAAAGAAUUAUGAAAAUUUGGGACAAUCCAAUGAAGACAAGCAACUGCCAUCCAGUCCAGGGCGGGAGGAGGACCUUAUGGAGCUUUUAAACUUGUUAGAAAUCCAGCCAAGUUCCAGUCAAAGAGUCACACACACCUCCCAUCACCAUUCGGUAGCUCACGAAGAAGCACAGUUUACAGUAAAGCAUAGCAAAGAAUCCACAGAAACCCCAAAGAAGAAUUUCUCCCGACCGGCCUGUCCUGCAAAAAGGCGGCUACCCUCACGCUGGGCCAACCGUUCCUCCUCGACCUCAUCUACAUCCUCCCCUUCUUCCUCACCAACAACACAGCUCACAAUCUAUAGCUCACAGGAACUGUCCACCUACUCUGCAUUUCACACAGAGACAGUCAUCAUGUGAGAAAAGAUUUAAAAGCAUAGCUAAUGGAAGUCACACUACAGCUAAAAACAAUGUAUUCAAAGACAAAAUGUUUCUAGAUUUCUUCCUGUUUACCUUUGUAUAUACUGCCAAUGACUUGCAAUUUAACACAUUUCUCAAUUAAUUCUCACUUUUAGUUGCAGUUUAUCAGUAAAAUUUGUGCUGAAGCAUCGGCAUAUAAAGCAGAUCUGUAUAUAUUUACCUCUCCAGUCAUUAAAUAGCUGCAGCUUUUUUUAAUUAACCAAAAGCUGCGUUAUCCAACAAACAAUUUUCUUACUUACUGCUGAUACAUUUUCUCAUGCUUUUAGGUGCCUCCAGAUGUUGGUUACCAUAUCUAAAAGCUAGUGCUGAUUUACUUGACUAAAAUGAUUUGUUAUACUUCACUCUUGUCAUAAUGGUUGACUCAUAUUAAUAAGACAUGUAUUAUAUAUCAACUCCAUCCUCUCAUGUGAAACCUAUUAAAGCAUAACCUUUACAACCUU